AUGCCGUCUUUUCCUACCAAUCCGCUUGUGCGGCCCCGAGAAGAUGACAGCUUACAACUCUGCUACCGACUACCCCAUCGCAUUCAUGCUGCGCAAGCCUACCCCCUGCGGUCACCCAAUGGUUCUUCGAUUAUCAUUUACGGCUAUGAGACCGGUCUGAAAGUGGUAUGGAGAGGUGGGAAAGGUUUUGCUCCCUUGAAAAAGACCGCGCCCCAAGAUCUGGCGAAAAGCGCAAAGCUUGAUGGCGGUGAUGCGGUCAUGAUCAUCGACUCCGACGAGGAAGAUUCAGCCCCGGCACCUACGACGCCAGAGGUGCCCACAUUUGAUUUCGAGACCUUGGAGUCCGAGGUCGAUCCCGCCUUCCCCUUCGAGCCGAUUCUGCGACAGAUAGAUAUUCCCUUGGGAAGCAGAGUUCUCGAUGUAGCUGUUCCCAGAAUUUUCCCGGAGGAGGCGCGCGCUGCCCUUGAUCCCUUCCCGACCGCUGCCAAGGACACCAUAUUUGUUGCGGCAGUGUGCUCUGAUCUUUCCACGCGCGUCGUCACACUCCCACUCGUUCCUCCUCAUCCGACACAGAAGGAUUCUAGCAGCUGGAAUGUUCAGAAAGUCACACUGAACGGAGGAGUCACUCACCAGGACAUCCCUCGGGGUGUCUCAAUGACCUUUACAUUUCAAGAGGCUGGGGAUGAGGCAGGUCGCCGAAAGGUACAAACUCGGGUCGAGGAGGCUGGGCGCUGGGAUCUCCUGGUGGCCACCCAUUCGGCCGAGGGAUCGGGCGCACUCCUGAUUCAUCGGGUACCCCUCAGUGAAGUGCAGUCGGACAACAGAAACCUUUACCGAGUGACAGAGCAAGAUCUCGUCACGCAACGGCGGACGCUCCCUUCCCCUGCGCGGAGCAUUGCCUUCAAUCCUUCGGCAUAUCCUUUUGCACGCCACUCGCAUCUAUUGGUAGCCUUCAACAGCGGUUGUGUGAAGGUCUAUUCAUGUCUAUCAAAUCCAAAACCCUCUGCAAAGAGCACCAGACGGGAAUCGAUCUCCCAGGAGGACACCGAGCCCCUCGAUGUUGAGGGCCGCUGGCUAAUCAGUCUCUACCCCGGUUUCGAGCAGGGAGCCCCAGGGCUCGUUCGACGAAAAACCAUCAUUGACGCCGAUUGGGUCCUAGGAGGACGUGCUAUCAUGGUUCUUCUGGCGGAUGGCGAGUGGGGGGUUUGGGAUAUUGAGGGAGCCGGGCCCGGGACCACCAAGGGGCCCUUACACCGUCAGUCGAAUGUCCAGGGCGUGACAGGAGGCUCUUUAACUACGUAUGCUGUCAGCGGGCGGAUCGUGGCACCCUUGACCAACACGCAGUCUGAGGCGGAACCGCGAUCCCGAUUUGCCCCCAUGACGCCGUCUACGAGACGAGUGCGAGAGGAUACGCUGUUGAAGGGCUCAACGACAAGCCCCAGCCCUUCACUACGGGGUCAGAUUUCCGUAUGCCAGACCGGCAUUGCGCAUGACCUGCCGGAUGAAUCCAUUUUGCUGCGACACGGUCAGCACACCGCAGCGAUUCCCAGCUUGCUUUCACUAUGGCGGAACGCCGUGAAGGCGACGGGUACCUUCGACUCCUCGAACCGCUGCCGCGUCACGCCCUUCCAGGUGGUCAAUCUGAUGGGAGAGAAUUUCCAGGCUAUUGGUCAUCUGCCGGCUCCGGCGCGCCGAUCGCGAGCGCUGAGUUCCCAAAAAUUCGACAUCUUGGUAGCUGCCGAGCAACAGGUUGUCAUCCUGGCACCUCGACUGGUGGAGUCUGAGGAUGAUGCCCCUAGCGCUCCCCGGGCUGCGAAACCAGAUACUCACGCGGAAGCAGAUCAACUAAUGUUGCGCCGAGGUGAAUUGGACGUGGAGGGCAUGGGUCGCCUUCUCAGUGGUAUGGCGAAUGGCGGUGGAUCUCUGCGCGUGGGGACUAGCCCCGUGAAACGAGCUCGCAUCUUUACUUGA